AUGAAGUUCAACAUCCUUGCCAUCUCCACCUUGCUGGCUCUCGCCGCAGCGGAGACCACCACCACCGCGCAGACUGCCACUGUGACCCUCACUCCCGAGCAGUCGUGUGCCAACAAGUGUCGCACUACUGAGCGUUGCUGCGUCGCUGAUUGCUACAAGGUUCCUUGCCCCAGCGAGAGCCAGGCCAACGACACCAACAAAUGUGUUGCUGCCUGCCCCCAGGGUACCGGUACCCCCGCCGACACCAAGAGGUACACCGAGUGCCAGCAGAACUGUUUCAACUCCCACUUCCUCGCCACGGGCACUGCGGCUACCGAGACCGGCUCCACUACCUUCACUGACACUACCACCGGCACUGCCACUGCCACUACCACUAGCACCUGGGCUACCGCCACUACGACUUCUGACUCUGAUUCUUCCAACAACGAUGCCUCCAGCACCUUCGGCUCCGGCUCCGGCACCAGCACCAACACUGGCGUCGUCAAGUCCACCAACGCUGCCGCCAAUGUCAAGCUGGGUGCCUCGAGCGCCGGUCUCUUCGGCCUCGUCGUUGCUGCUUUCGCUCUGUAA